AUGCCCAACCGAGCAAGCCACCGAAUGGGUCCUACCGAUGUGGUCGUUCUUGUGAUGGGAAUGACAGGCAGCGGGAAGAGUCAGUUCAUAUCAAAACUGACAGGGGAGGAGGUUGGCGUUGGACAUAACCUCCAAUCAGAUACCGUUUCGCUAGAUCUCUACAGCUGCGUUGAAAACGGCCGGCGUAUCUUUGUAGCAGACACUUCUGGCUUUGGUGAUACUCGGCGUCCAGACGUUGAGAUCCUGAAGGACAUUGCAUUCUUUCUUGGUCAAAUCCACCGUCAUAACGUUCGUUUGGGUGGAAUCCUCUAUCUGCAUCCGAUUACCGACAACCGCGUCAGUGGAUCAGCUCUGAGAACAUUCAAUCUUCUCCGCGCUUUUUGCGGACCUCAGGCACUGAAAUGCGCUGCUCUUGUUACCACCAAGUGGGAUUCUUUGCGAAGCGCAAAGGAUGACCUCGCCGCGAGUGACCGAGAGAGCGAGCUAAAGUACACAUCCAACUUCUGGGGCUUGAUGCGCCAACAAGGCAGUCAGGUCCACAGAUGGUUCGGGAGCCAGUCCUCAGCUCAGGCCAUUGUUCGCGGGCUUAUCCAAUCUACAUGCCAAAGCACUUCCCUGCCAGUCCUUCAGAUCCAGCGCGAGCUUGUCGACGAGGAGCGACAUCUCGACGAGACUUUAGCUGGGCGCGAAGUACUGAAGUGGUACGGAGUCGCAUAUCAGAAGCUGAAACAGGAGAUUCAGAGUCUCAAAUCGGACGUUCUCGCGGCUCCUGACCUGACACUAGACGAGUUAUCAGCGAGCGAGAGGGAGCUCAACCAUCUGAUGGAUGAACUCGGCAGAACCGAACGGGUGCAGCAAGAUCUCCGAGUCAGCCCCAAUGAUCUUUUUGAUGAAAAGCAGGAGCAAUACAAAGACAUGUACCACGGCACGAUCCGCGAUCUAACCGACCGACUCUCGCGCUGUGAAGAGACGUUGAAUGGUCACCUUAAACCCAUCAUCACCAUGGAUAAUAUUCCCGCGGAAAAGGCGGCACCGGCUGCCCCUCGCACUAUCACGGGAGCUCCGCCGCCGCACACCGCAACAGGAAGAUGGACAAGGACGAAGCUGUUUCUCAGGCAGAACAUACUUCCUCUGCUUGGGAUCUUGGCAGGCGUGGGAGUGAUUGCGGCCGGCGCCGCGGUGAUCAGCCCACCCUUGGUCACGGCAGGUGCGCAAUUGUGCGCCUUGUUCUUUGCAGGGGUUGAGUGGCCGGCACACCCUCCGACGGGAGCGGGUGGGACAGAGCUAGCGGGCGGUAUUGAGGAUGUGAUGAGGGCGUGUCCGCCUACUCCGAUUAGUCCUGGGUUCCAAAUCUGCGCCUAG